AUGGGGACGCUACAGAAGUUCAAGCUGCUCGCGACGCAGUGCGGCGUGGCCCAAAGCCCAACCAGAAGCCCAAGAACGAGCCCAUUGAUCCAGCUCCGCCGCCGCAAACCCACCUUGCUAAUGCUCCUGACCCGGAGCAGCAGUCGCCGACGAGAUCCGCCGGUUCAGUGUCUGCCGCAGAAGGCUCCGGUUCCGGUUCAGAGGCACAGCCUCAAGGACCUCUUUGUGUCUUCCCCGCCUUUUGAAUUGAACGAGAAAAGGAAGAGUGAGAUAGAUACGCGGCAAGAGUUCGGUUUGGUGGUGGCGGGUAAAGCAGUUGGUGGAGUUGGGCCGGGUUCACCUAGACCGGGCUGGACCGGUUUCCGUUACAAGUCCUUGUUACUGAGAAGGGCUUGGCGCCCUGUGCUCGUUACCAUUCCUGAGUAA